AUGGAUUCUAGAAAACGGAAACCCAUUUCAAACACUCACUUUGCUUCGCCAUUGCCAAACCCUCCAUUACCAUCUUCAAUCUUCAGAGACCUUUCCAACCUCAAAACCCCUAAAAUUCCACUGAGAACGCCGAGCUUCAAAUGCUCCCCUCAGUUCUUCACCGCCUCGAAAAACACCCCCAUAUCCUCCGCCCGUCGUGGCUUCAAAACGUCCGCCUUGAAAUCGAAAGCCGCCCGUAGGCUGAAAGCCUUUGAGAUCGAGCAGUCCAAGUCGGCACGGAAGGCGCAAGCCGAGAAGGAGCAAUCGCUCAAGUCGCUUGCUAGAUCGCUCACUGUGUGGCUCAAUUUCCUGUUCGAAAACCCUAGUUCGUGCGGCUGUGAUCCGGCGAGCUUCACCGGUGAAAUUGAUGGCUCGGAUCCCAAUUUGGGUGGCGGUAUGAAGGAAGUGCUGGCAAAUUAUGGGAAGAGGGAGGGUGUGCCGGGCCAAAAGGUUGGGGUUAAUGGGCCUUGGAGGGGUCCAAAGAGGCAGAGGGGUUUGUUGUGGGGAGGGGAUGUUGAUGAUGAGGUGGGUAAGAAUGUGUUUACAGAUUCCUACUUUCCUGGGUUGAGGACUUCGUUGCAGGAGAUAUGUAGCUUUGAGGAUCUGAAGGGGAGAAUGAGGAUGUACCUGAGCUUGGCUAGUUGCAAAGAUAUCUUUAAAACAAUGGCUCAAGUAACAAAGAACAUUGACGAUGGACGGCUGAAAAUGAGGGCAAGCUGUCCUAUUGUGAGUGAUGUUGGUAUGAAAGAGAGAGCCUUAAAACUUCUCAUGUGUUAUAACCCAGUUUGGCUCCGAAUUGGUUUGUACAUAAUCUUUGGUGGUGAUUCCUUGUUACCAAAUGCUGAUGUCAAUUCUGAGCAAGAAAAUACAUUCUUGAGGAUGGUUCUCGAGAAACAGUUUUUCACACACCCUGGUCUUGCUAGAGCCCAUGUCUACAACAAGCUGGUUGAGGGAUUAUACAGACCUGGUUACUAUGAAAAACUAGGAAAUGUCAUAUUGAAAAGAUUUUUGUUGCUUGUUAUCAUACUUGAUAGAGCCAAGUCUCAAACCAGCAUUCCUCUUAAAUAUGGUAUUGAUGGACUUGAUGGUGGAUCUCCUCCAUUGUUCUCGUCAAAAUCUAAAAUUAAAUCAAGCCGCCAGCUGAUUACCGAUUUUUUAUCAUCGGAUGUGAUGCAUGGGGAAGGCAGUCUUCUAGCACAUCUUGUGAUUGUUGGAUACAAAGUAACUUACCAGCAAAAUCCGCUGAUUGACUAUGAAUUCAAAGUUGUUGAUUUGUUUGAAGAUCUUCGAGAUGGCAUCCGGCUUUGUAGAGCCAUUGAACUCCUGAAACAUGAUACCUCCAUUCUCAUGAAAGUGGUUGUUCCAUCCGACACUCAGAAGAAAAGCCAGGUUAAUUGUGGGAUUGCACUGCAAUUUCUGAAGCAAGCUGGUGUCCCAAUAGUUGAUGAGGAUGGAACAGAAAUUAUAGGUGAAGAUGUAGUCAAUGGGGACAAGGAGCUAACACUAGCCUUGCUUUGGAAUAUAUUUGUUCACCUACAGUUGCCUCUCUUUAUCAACAACAGGCUUCUACUGGAAGAAAUUUCAAAUAUUCGGGGAAGUUUGGUGGAGAACUCAGGCACCCAGCCUCUCUUGGAUCUGCUGAUUAGUUGGGUUCAGGCUAUAUGUGAAACGUAUGAGUUGAAGGUUGAAAGCCAAUCGUCCUUAUUGGAUGGAAAAGCUAUGUGGUGCUUGCUUGAUUAUUACUUUCGUAAAGAACAUAACUGUUCAAGUUGUUGCAAGAACCCAGAUGGAACAGUGAGAGAAGUUUCUAUCAUGUCAGCAAUUGAAUAUACAGAUGCAGUUCACAACUUCAUACUUUCCCAGAAAUUAACAUCUUUAUUAGGGAACUUUCCUGAGGUGCUACAAGUCAGUGACAUUAUAGAACAUAAUGGUGCAUGUAAUGGACAGAGCGUGAUUGUCCUGUUGGCGUUUCUCGCAGUUCAGCUACUAGUGAAACGAAACAUGGAUAAGCUGAAUUUUCAUAAAUUGCUGGGUUUCAGCUGCCAAAUUACUAACAGCAGGCUCUCAAGUACAGAUUGGGACAAUGUCAAAGAUCCUACGAGAAAUUUCAAGGCUAUUAUGGCUUGGUGGCAAGACAUGGCUCAACAGAAUGGCAAGUGCAGUAUGAAGCCAGCUCCCAUAACUGACAGAAAGAGCAGCACACUUCAAAGAGAGAAUGCUGCACUAAUAAUACAGUCUCAUUACAGACGAUUAAAAGAAUAUCAAAACUAUAAGAGAAUAGCAAAUGCGGCUCAGGUCUUGCAAACUGUUGCAUUGGCUUGGUUGUCAUUGAAGAAAAAAACAUCUAUGAAGGAGCUUAGUGGUUCAAGAACUAGGGGGAUACACCUGCAAAUGUUUGGAACAUAUGUCACGUUUAUGGCUGAUAGGCAUUACUUUGUCAACUUAAAAUGGUCAGUCCGAGUCAUUCAACGGGCUAUAAGGGCCUGGAUUGCUCAAAGGCAUUGCAACAUGACUACCAAUUUUAAUCAUAUGCAAAACCCAGAUAACGUUAAUGCUAUUUGUGCUAAAAUAGCCACACCUGAAAAGAAAAGUUCUGUUAUAUCCAGAGAAGAUAGCAUAGUUGAGCUUUGGACAACAGCAGCAAUAACAAUCCAGCGUUUAUGGAAAGACUAUGCGCUUAGUAAAUCCAUCCAAAGUCAGCACUUGGCUGCAACUAGAAUUCAGAGCCAUUUUCGUGGUUGGUUGAUGGCAAAGAAUUUAGCAUGCAAGAAGCAAGCAAUAUUAAGAAUUCAGAGGAGUUUCCGGUGUUUAAGAUAUAGAAGGAACAUCCAGAUUAUCAGAGACGAAUGUGUGUCGGCAAUUGUCAUUCAGUCUCAUGUCCGUGGAUGGAUGGCUCGCAGAGAAGUUUGCAGGAAAAAAAACCUUUUUAUCGGGAUUCAGAGCUUCUGCCGUGGAUGGCUACAGAGGAAGGAGUUUUUGCUCCAGAAGGAUGCUGCAAUAAAGAUCCAAAGUGUCAUCCGUCAGAUGAACUGUAGUGAUGCAUUUGUUUCCCAGAGGCACAUGGCAAUUGAGAUCCAAAGUGUUAUCAGAGGGGAAAACACCAGGAAAAGGCUUCUUGGAGCUUCUCAUCCUCAAAAGGCCUCGAAGCAUAGGUUCCAAGGUCUUGAAUUGCAAUAUUUUAUCCAAUCGAUUGUGAAAUUACAAAGAUGGUGGAGGCAUGUUCUGCGAGUUAGAGAGAAAACUAAUUCGGUGAUGGUUAUCCAAUCAUAUGUUCGUGGAUGGAUAGCAAGACAAACUGCAGAGGGAAAACGGCAGAGUGCGGUUGUGAUUCAAUCGUACUGGAAGGGUUACCUUGCACGGAAACAUGCAAGAGAUCAGCUUCUGGACCUGCGGUUGAGGAUGCAAAUAUCUGCUGCGAAUGUUGAUGAAAGCAGGCGUCUGAUAAACCGGCUUAUCGCAGCACUCUCAGAACUUCUGAAUAUGAGAAGUGUCAGCAACAUUUUGCACACUUGUGCAACUUUAGAUAUGGCAACAGAGCUUUCACAGAAGUGUUGUGAGGAACUUGUUGCUGCUGGCGCAGUUGGCACUUUACUGAAGUUAAUAAGAUCCGUCAGCCGAAGUAUACCAGAUCAACAAGUAUUGAAGCAUGCAUUAUCUACUCUUAGGAACCUUGCCCGAUAUCCGGCACUCACUGAGAUACUCGUUGAGAGUCGUGGAUGCAUGGAAACUAUUGUCAUUGAGUUCUUAAGAAACAAAGAGGAGGGAUACUUCAUUGCCUCUGAGCUUUUGAAGAGAAUAUGCGGUACAGAAAAUGGGGCGAAUGCCAUUCGCAAGUCACCAGCUCUUUUGAAGAGGUUAAACAACCUUGCUGAUGACCUGUCUAGGAAGGCAGGAAAUGAUAAGAGGAAAGGAAGGAACUUGGCGGGAAGAGAAAAUGCAGAGAUGAGACUAAGAGAGGUCGUUGAGCUUCUCAAACUCGUUGCAAGUGCCUGA